AUGCUGCCUCUGACACCGUAUACUACGACCAUGGGUCUCAGCGGCCUGAAGCUCAACCUGGCGGUAGCUUUCAUUGCCACAUGUGCCUUUUGGCUGUUUGGAUACGACAUGAGCGUCAUGGGCGGCGUCAUCACCGAAGAGCCAUUUACGUCCGUCUUCCCUGAAAUGAACGUGCCGUUGACACAGGGCAUCGUGAUUGCAGCCUUUGAGCUGGGUGCGCUCGUGGGCGCCCUGGCCUGCCUGGACGUGGGCGACCGUCUGGGACGCCGGAGCACGGUGUGGUUUGGAAUGCUCUUCAUGCUCGUCGGCGGCACCCUCCAGACGUCGGCGUGGCACGUGGCGCAGAUGGUGACCGGCCGCGUCGUCAGCGGCAUCGGCCUCGGUCUGCAGGUGGCCACCGUGCCGUCGUGGCAGGCGGAGUGCGCCAAGCCGCACAGCCGGGGCCGCUGGGUCAUGAUCGAGGGCGGUCUGCAGACGUUUGGCGUCGCGUGUGGACAGCUGAUUGGGUGGGGCUUCUACUACGUGCGUGGACAGGCCCAGUGGCGCAUUCCCGUCGGGAUCCAGCUUGUCCCGGCUCUCAUUGUCUUUGUGUUUAUCAACUUCCUCCCCGAGUCGCCGCGGUGGCUCAUCAAGCACGGCAAAUUGGACGAGGCAACGUACAACCUUGCAAAGCUGCGCGGCCUGCGCGAGGACGAUCCGGCGGUGCAGGACGAGCGCGCACACAUUGUCGCCUCCUUCGAGGCACAGGCGAAGCUGGCCCCCUUUGCGUACCGUGAGCUGUGGCAAAACGGCCCGUCCAGGACGCUGUACCGCGUGGCCCUUGGCGUCUUUAUCCAGUCGGCGCAGCAGCUGAGCGGCGUCAACUUGGUGUCGACGUAUGCCAACAAGAUCCUGCAGGAGUCGUUUGACCUCGACGCCGGCCUGGCCCACAUGAUUUCGGCCAUGGGCGGCUUGGAAUACGCGCUGUGCUCCCUGCUGUCCGUCCUGCUGAUCGAGGGCCUCGGCCGCCGCCGCGCCUUUCUGUUCACCGCCGCGGGCAUGGCCGUCUGCUUCUGCGUCAUUGCGGGCCUGCAGAGCACGGCGGUGCGGGCCAACCAGCUGACCGCAGCCGGCUUGCUCUUCCUCUUCAACACCUUCUUUGGGCUGGCCUGGGUCGGCGGCCCGUUCUUGUACAGCGCCGAGAUUGCGCCCCUGCGCUGCCGUGCCCAGGCCAACGCCCUGGCCAGCGCCGGCAACUGGCUGUUUUGCUUCAUGGUCGUCAUGAUCAUUCCGCCGGCCUUUGCCAACAUUGGCUGGAAGACGUACAUUAUCUUUGCCAUCCUCAACGCCCUGUUCGUCCCCAUCAUCUAUUUCUUCCUCGUCGAAACCAAAAAGAGGAGCUUGGAGGAGCUCGAUGUUGUCUUUGCUGCCGGUGGCAACCCCGUCAAGAAGGAGAAGGCACUGCCCCAUAACAUUCCCAUCGAGGAAGCGUGCCACAUCUUUGGCCUGGUGAACGGAGUCGAUGUGACCGAGGUGUCCCCUGAGGACAAGGCGUCGGUUUAA